AUGACUACUAUUACUACAAUCCAUGACCUACAGUCUAGAGAGCAAGGGGAGUUUGCAGAAAAUGUCCUCAGGUUGCAGUCAGAAGCCGAGAGCGAGUUUGAACAAAAGGCUGAAAAAAUCAAGGAAGAAAUUAAAGACCUAAACGAGGAUGAGAUAGAACAGCAUGUGCAUAAUACGUUCUAUAAUCUCAACACUUUAUUCCUUAAGAAAUCUAAGGAACUGGAAGAUUACGUCAUUAAACAGAAACCUAAGAAGCCGAUUAAAAUUCCCAAGGAAAAGGACGAAGAAUAUGAAAAAAAGUGUGAAGAUUACAAAAAACACCUUAACUCAUACAAAACCUUUGUUUAUUGGGGUAUGAGCAUUAUUGGUCGUCUCGCGAAUUGGCUUUCUGAACUAUUCAAUGACAUUAUCAACUUCUUUAAGAAUCUCUGGAAUUGGAUCAAGUCUAUGGCCCAAGAUAUUGCUACAAAAGUUCGGAACUUUGUAGUGAUGGUUAAAGAGAAGUUUAUUUAUUCGUCUCUCUUAAAACAAAAUGUGGACAUAAAAGUAAUACAUGAUCUUGAAUCAAUGCUUGAAUCACACCCAGACAUAACAAAAGCUCAUCGAGAUGAAAGAAAGUAUAUUUUGGGACCUAAUGGUGGUAAAAUUGGGAUAGCUUGUCAAGAGACAUUGGUAACAUUUGGUAGCACAGAAAUGACGACUGAAAUUUUAAGUUCUGAAAUGGGAGUCUCUAAAGAAAAUUAUAAAAAGAUGAUAGGAGAUGAACUUACAGCUGAGUUAAAAGAAACCAGACCUGAGCUUAUUAUUUUAAGAUUAUGGGUGAUGGGUAAUAAGAAUUCGAGUGGUAAUAAAUUAAAUAUAAAUAUACCAGAAAAGGUGCAAAUAAAUUCCCACGAAGAGGAACUAUUAAAUCGUAAUUUGGCGAGUGAUGUUGACUAUAUUGCUGAAAAUUACUCAUAUCAUUUUAUUAAAAGUCAUUUAUUUCAAAGUGAUUUUUCUUCACCCAUUAAAGAAAGACUGGUUCAAGGAGGAGAUAAAGUUUUGGAUGUUGCAUGUGGUGCUGGAACAUGGUUAUUAGAUCUGUCAACUAAAUAUGAGAAUUCUCACUUUUAUGGACUUGAUUAUCAGGCAAUAUAUCCGCAAGAGAUAAAACCUCCAAAUCUAAAUUUUAUCAAAGCAGAUAUAUUGGAUGGAUUACCAUUUCCUGAUAAUGAAUUUGAUUUUGUACAUCAAGAUACAUUGGUUUAUGAUUUGCAAAGAAACCAAUGGGAUUUUGUUUUAUCUGAGCUUAUUAGGAUAACCAAACCAGGUGGUUACAUUGAAAUUACUGAUAUAUAUUGUUCAGAAAGCAGUUUCGGUCCAAUCCUUUACAAGUUAGUUAAUGGGUUGCGCACGAGUCUCAAAAAACGAAUCGUGGAUAUAGAUGUGAUAUAUGAUCUUGAAUCAAUGCUUAAAUCGCAACCACAAAUAACACACGUUCAUCGAGACGAAAGAAAGAUUAUUAUGGGUCCUAAUGGUGGUAAACUUGGUUUAGCUUUUCAAGAAAUUUUUGAAAUAUUUUUUAGUACAAAAAAGACAAUUGAAAUAUUAAGUUCUGAAAUUGAAGUUUCUAAACAAGAAUAUAAACAAAUGUUAGGAAAAAAUAUUACAGAAGAAAUUAGUGAAAUUGAGUCCAAGUUUAAUAUUCUUAGACUAUGGACUCAAAAAAAAAUUCAUUGA